UGCUCAAGGCAGCUCUGGCUCAAUUGCAGAGCAAAGCGUGGGACAACUUGCCAUCCACGCCCCUGACAUCUGAACGUAGAGGCCAUGCAGUUCAAAGUCUGCUUGCCACUUCUCCUCCUGAUUUGCCCUGCUGGAGCUGGACAUGAGGUCCAUGGUGCUGAUGUGGUCGUGAAGCACAGCCACAAGAAGAAGCACCACAGGCGCACGGCCAGUGAAAAGAAGCUGCCCAUCAGUGCUGUGGGCAUCUCGUCGACACAGACAAAGGCGACCCCAUUCUUGGACGAGCUGCAUGCUGCUCUGGAGGCUCCAAAAGAGAAGACUACUGUGGCCUUGAGCCGCGUGGAAGAUGCCGAGGAGGAAGCUCCUGAGGUCAAAGCAGCUGCACCAAAGGAUGCGGAGGCAAAGGCGGCAUCUCCAAAGGAUGCCAAGGCAGCUGCGGCAGAGACCAAGGCGGACCCUUCCAUGCCCUUCUCGGAGCUGGAGCCGUUUGGCCGUGAGACCACCGGGCAAGAGCUGACAGAGGCUUCCAUCAGGCAGAGCGACGCGAUGAUCGAUCAGAUCGAGAAAGCCGAGAUCGCCGAGGAGGAGCGCUCGGUCUUCCGGGCCCUCACGCGGCUCCGCGGGGCAGCACUGGCGUCCUUUGACGGAAUUGCCAGAGCUCACCAGCACAACAUCCAGGAGUAUGCUUUGGAGAACCAGUACCGCAAGGUGCACCCCGUGCAGCACUUGGCCUCAGAGGAGGCCGAUGUCUCGCGUUGGGCCUUCCCCUCCAACGCGGACUAGUGACUUCGCGGCCCGAGAUCUGACGUGCUGCGCGGGUGCGA